AUGUCUUUCGACUAUAACAAUAACGCUGCAGCUGGUGAGGCGUUUAUCGAGCAGUUCUACCCAUUCACAACGUCGCCGACCACGUCUCCGGCCGCCGCCGUGUCUCCGUCAACAUCUGUCCCUGUCUCUGUCCCGCCGACAGCCAUGUCUCCGCCGACCAGCAGCCACCAGCAGCAACCGCAGGCUAUCGCCUGGAACAUGCCCUUUGAAUACACCAACGCCGCCGCCGUGGCCCCUGUUGUGGGCAGCCACUCUCCCGUCGAGCAGCCGUCGUCGUCCCCCGAGGACUCGCCCCAGAGCAUGUCCCCCGGCCACAUCAACUCCGCAUCGUCUAGCCCGCUCCAGCAGCUGCUGUCGCCCUUGUCGCCCUUCCAAACCUCUAUGAACCCCCUCACAGAGUUCUCCCUGCAACAGAGCCAACGUCAACUCGAGCAGGCACAGAUCCAGCAGCACCUCCAGCAGCAACAGCUUCUCCAGCACCAUCACCGUCUGCUGCAGCAACAACAGCGCCAGUUCCGGCAACAGCAGCAACAACAACAGCGUCAGUUCCAGCAGCAUCAACAACAGCAGCGGCAACAACAACAACAGCGGGCCGCCCAGGGUCUGCAACCAUUUGUGCAAAAUCCCGGCGUGGCCCUGAUGGCCUACCCGAAUGCCUUCACCGCUAGUUUCCAGCCAACACCCAUGGACUUUCUCGCAGCCACCCCAACCACCACUGCAAGCCUCGAGGCUGGCAUGCAGCUCAGCACUGCGUUCAACGCCAUGCCUGCCGUCACCACCGCCGAUGCGAAUGUUGCCGCCGCCGCCACCACCCAGGCCAUGCAGCAAUGGAAUGCCCUCAGCAUGGCCAACUGGCAGGACUUUGAGAUGGUGAUGCCCCAAGAACGCCUCGGCAGCAUGGCCAGCAUGGGCAGCAACUCGCCGACCGGCACCUGUAUCGAGGUUCACUCGCUCGGUAGUUCAAGCGGUGAGGUCGACUGGUCGACCGUCGAUCUCUUCCCCCGUUAUGACACCUUCCAGCACCCCGUCACACAGCAGUCGUCCAUCUUCAACCCGAGCCAGACCCUGCACCUCCGCACGAACUCCGACUCUUCCCAGUCCGAAGGCAACUCGCUCGAGUUUGGCAGCUACGAAGAGGUCUCGUUCACCGCCCCGUUUUCGCCCUUCUCCCAGGAGUCUGAUUCCUCGAACCCACACAACUUCGUCCAUGGCGACGGCCACGGCCACUCUCACCCCCAGCACCUCGCAUCCGCUUCCCAGGAGAUUGUCGUCAGCCCGGCCGCCGCCGUAUCGCCCGUGCCCAUUAAGACUGCUGCCGCAUCUGCCUCGCCGACGUCCACCGCUGUCAUUCGCCAAUCCCCCACGUCCGGCUCAGGUGCCGGCUCUAUCUCGUCUGCGUCUUCCGCCUCCUCACCGCCUGUCCGCCGCUCAUCCAAUGGUCCGCGGAAGAGCCCCAUCUCCAAACCCGGCCCUAAGGCCGUCAUCCGCCGCUCCUCGACUGGCAAGGACGGCAAGAUCAUCCCCGGCGAGAAAAAGGUCGGCCGCCGGCGCGGACCCCUGUUACCCGAGCAGCGCAAGCAAGCCAGUGAGAUCCGCAAGCUGCGUGCCUGCCUCCGCUGCAAGUUCCUCAAGAAGACCUGCGACAAGGGCGAGCCGUGUGCUGGCUGCCAGCCUUCUCAUGCUCGUCUCUGGCAGGUGCCUUGCACGCGUAUUGACAUCAAGGAUGUUGGCUUCUUCAUGAAGGACUGGAAAGCCGACUACGAGCGCCAUCUGGACCUCGGCAUGUCCGUUUUCAACGUCAAGGGUUUCUCCAAGAAGGAGUCGCUGAUGUGGAUCACCCACGGCUACGGCUUCUGCCUCCCCAUCAUGGUGCGCGAGGUCCACGUCGCCGACGAGAGCUGCUUCCAGGUCGACUGGGUUGAGUCGUGUCUGACAGACCAGGAGCCCAUUGACUUUGGUAUCCGCACCGAUAAGCUCGAUGUUGGUGAGGAGGGCAUCAGCAUGGAGAAGCUGUCGGCCUACCUCGACCGCCACAUCGACGGCACCUUUGAGAACUUUGUUGACGAUCACUUUGAGGGCACGCCAUUUGUGACGGAGAUUCUCAAGACGGCUCACCGCUACUACAUGAAGGAGGGCCUGCCCGUUAUCGGCAAGGCGCUCAAGCUGGUGCUGGCCUACAACCUGACCAUGCAUAUCACGCUCGUUGAGCAGCAGGGUUCCGAGGUGCCCAUGGAGGGCCAGAUAGACGACGAGGACUCCAAGUUCUUCGGCAAGGUUGUUGCGCCCGUCAUGAUCAAUUUCCAGAUCAAGUGCGCCAUGGCCGACAUGUGGCGUGAGCUGCAAAAGGAGAUCCUGGAGGAGCUCUCGAGCCUCUACUCGCGUGUCUACAGCGGCGACCGCCUCAAGAAUUGGCCCACCAUUUUCAUGCUUGCUGCCAUCCUUUUGGUGGUCUGGGAGGAGAUGCAGUUCGACUGCCACUACCGCGUGCCCGACCAGAACUCGGUGCAAAAGUUCUGCGGCGAGAUGGAGUCGACACCUGUCGGUGUCAUUGUCGGCCUCUUCCACGCCAUCUCCCAAAAGCUUCCCUCGUUCACCGACUGGGAUACUGAGAAACACGGCCAGGUCCUCAACAACAACGACGCCGUAUGCAAUGUCAUGACCGAAAUGCGCGAACACAUUAUCAAGCACGACACUUACCUGCGCGAGCGCCAGGUGAAGACCGAGUUUGACCGCCACGACUUUGACUGCUUGUCCAACAAGUUCCUGUCCAAGCUGGUGAUCCGGGCUAACUAA